AUGAUGGAUGAUUGGCAACCCCCAAGAAAGAAACGCCGCGGCGGCCAUCAGCAAAGAUUACAACAACAUGCUGCCGAGAAGGAGGCGCCAGCAAGCUGCGAGAGCUCUGCUUUGUGUUUGCUGCUGUUGAACUUGUUUGCGUGGGGGUUCUUUUCGCCACAAAGAGUUCAGCAGAUCGCUGAAAUGGCUGUGAAGGACAUCGAACGAUCCAAGGAAGACCCACAAGUUUUGAAAGACCUCUACACCCUGUCCAAUCUGGGGACCAAAGGAAAACACGCGAACAACAUCCACGCCGAGCUCAUGAGCAAAGUUGAGCAUGUUCCAAAAAUCCCCAAGCCUUUCAAAGCAAAAGUGCCACUGAAAGGCGUUGAGCGGGUGCAAAAGUUUUGGAGAGCCAUGCGGCUUCAUCCCCAGAUGCGUGAUCACCCCAUGACUUCCUCCCCUCAAUGGGAGAGUUGGACUGUGCCUAUUGCCGUGCACGGUGACGGAGUUCCAGUCACUGGUGUGGGGAAAGUGUGGAGUCGAGUGAUGACCAAUUACUCAUGGUAUUCCCUUCUGGGAUAUGGUACCACUCCAUCAAUGCUCAUGUGGGUGUGGGGGUUCUUUGACAAGCUGAAGGUGGGCGACCAAGCAUCAGGCACACUGCUGGAGUACAAAGAAGGCUCUGUGGAAGCCUUGAGAGCCGGGUCUUGGCUGGCUGGUGGCUGGAAGGGUGCCCUAUGGGCACUCACAGGAGACCUUGACUACUUCAACGCCAUGCUUGGCACCCCCAACUAUUCCGCAGUGGGUGGCCCACGUAUGCAUUGCAAAUGCACUGGGACUGGCGCUGCAACAUGGACAGAUUUUCGACCACAGGCUAUGUGGAGGAACACCCGCUGGGAGGCCGACGUUUGGAGAAAUUGGGACGAACGUUCGAAGUGCAUUUUGCUGACUCUUCCUGGGGCGAGUUGCUGGUCAAUAGCCUAUGACUGGGUUCACGUAAAGUACUUGGGCGUAGAUCAGUACAUCUUUGGCUCAGUGAUGGCCCUCUUGGUUUCUAUGGUCACGCCAAAUGACGCGAACCAGAACUUGCAGAACUGCUGGGAUUGUUUGAAAACCUUUUUCAAAAACCACGCCACGCCCACACCAUUCAGAUUUUUGUCGAAAUUGUCAAUGUUCAUCCGCGCAGGAAAGUACCCCAAAUUGAGGGGGAAGGCCUCAGAGAUAAGGCACUUCGGCCCAGCUUUGUUGGCCCUAUGGUCUCGCCAUCAGAACCCUCACCUCGUGCUGCGCCAGCGCAUCACCCUCAUGCUGAAACAAAAUGUACACCUGGAGGAAAUGAUUACUUUCCACAAGGACGACUUCGCCCUACCACCUGGACCAGCGCAAGAGUUUGAAGAAACCGCCAACAGCAUGCUCUUACUUCUUUCCCAGGUAGCUGAUCACUUCGUUGAGGAAGGCAUGAAAUGCUUCGAUAUCACAAGCAAAUGCCACAUGCUUCAAGAGCUUGCUAUUUUGAGUCGCUCCAUAAACCCCAAAGUCACAUGGUGCUUCAUGGGUGAGGAUCAAAUGCAGCGCAUGCAGCAGGUCGCUAAAGCGUGCGUUCGUGGCAACAAGCUUGAUAAACAAACCACAAAGCUGGCCCGCCGCUACCGCUUAGGGUUGCGCCUGCACUAUCUCGACUUGGCUGCGUAA